GAAUAUAAGAGUUUAUCUUUGGGACAAUUAAAAUAUAUUUUAAGUCAAAAGAAAAAAGAUCUUAGUAGUAGUUAUAAAAAACAAUUAAGUGAAAAAGAAAAAAUAAUACGUGAUAUUAGAAGAGUAGAUAAACUUAAUAAAAAAGUUCAAAAAGGUAUAGAUAUAAAAAAAGAAUUUAGGGAAAAAAGAAAGAAGAAGGAAAAUAAAAAGAUUAAAUCGUUUGAGGAGUAUUUUGAGGAAUGUAUAAAAAAUAGACAAAUUCCAGCAGAUACUCCUACUUAUAUGCGUAAAGCUCUUGAGAGAGCAAUGAUUGAAUACGAUCAAGGUCUUAUAAGAGAAAAAUCAGCUUUAGAAUAUUUUGCUAACAAAUAUGUUAUCAAAGGAGAACCUGGAUUUACUGUAGAUGAGUUUUUUAGAGAUAAAAUGGAAACUUUAAAGAAUUUUCUAAAAUACCAUCAAAAUAUAAAAUUUAAGAUGAUUUUAGUUUGUUUAAUGGAAAAACAAAUUAUUGAACAAGGUAAGGGAGUUGUAGCAUUAGAAGAAAGUAAAGCAUACUAUCCUUCAGCUACGUUUAAUAAUAUCAAAUCAACAGAUAUCGACAAAAUUCUAGAUUUAUGUAUUGAUACUAUUAAUGGAUUAAUAGAAGCAUAUCAACAAAAAGGAAGUGCAUGGUAUCUUAAGGAAGUAGUUCAACUUGAAAUCCAUACUGUUGAGUUUAAUCCAGCUAAGGGUUCAUCUUAUAUCAAACUUCCACAAUGGAUAUCAAACAAAAAAGCAAUUGUUAACAUUCAAAACAAAGAUGAGAAAUGCUUUCUUUGGUGUGUACUUAGAUAUCUUCACCCCAAAGAAGAUCAUGAAGAAAAAUUAAAAGAUUUGGAAAAGUAUGAAAAUGAACUUAUUACUAAAGGAAUUACUUUUCCAAUGAAAUUAAAAGAUAUUUCCAAGUUUGAAAAACUUAAUCCUAAACUUCCAGGAAUUAAUGUUUUUUCAGCUAAUGAAAACAGAGUUUUUUACCCAUUAAGAAUGGCAGAAAGAGAUUGUUUGAAUACUAUAGAUUUAUUUUUGUAUGAAGAAGAUGGAGCUUCGCAUUACACACUAAUCAAACAUUUUCAUCGUUUUAUUAAGUCUCAAAAAACUAAAAGUCAUAACAAAUCAUUUCAUAUUUGCAAAAGGUGUUUUUCACAUUAUACCAAACCGGAAUUACUACAAAAACAUAUCAAAUACUGUUCAAACAAUAAAACAGUUUUUGUAAAAAUGCCAGAAAAAGGAACAAUGCUAUAUUUCAAAAAUUAUGAAAAACAACUUCCAGUUCCUUUUGUAAUUUAUGCAGAUUUUGAAUGCUUUACUAAACCAAUGAAUAAUUGUAGUCCAGAUCCAAAUAAAUCUUACGGUUACAAUUAUCAAAAACACGAACCGUCUGGAUUUUGUUAUUACAUCAAAGGAAUAACAGAUUCAUUUGUGCCAGUUACUUAUACCAAAAACAAAGAUAGUGAUGAUUUAGCAUUAAUAUUUGUUAACAAAAUUGCAGAAGUAACACAAAGUAUUUAUGAUAAAUAUUAUCACCGUCCAAAAACACUAUCACUUUCACGAGAUGAACAAAAAUCAUUCAAUAAAGCGUCAACUUGUCAUAUUUGUAGUGGAUUAUUAAACGGUGAUAAAGUUAGAGAUCAUUGUCACUUUACAGGUCAAUACCGUGGAGCAGCACAUAACGAAUGUAAUCUUCGUUGUCGUAAACCAAGAGUAUUACCAGUUAUACUUCACAAUCUUCAAGGCUAUGACGCACAUUUGUUUAUCAAACAACUUGCUACUAUUCCAGGUAUACUCAAUUGUAUUCCAUCUACUGAAGAAAAAUAUAUUUCCUUUUCAAAAUAUAUUGAAGUUGCGUCGUAUAAGAGUGUAACUGGAAAAAUUAAACCAAUAUUAUUUGAAAUAAGAUUUAUAGAUUCAUUCAAGUUUCUUCAAACAUCACUUGCCAAUCUUGUUUCAAAUCUUCGACCGGAUGAUUUUCAUAAUACUAAAAAAAUAUUUAAGAAAAAUGUAGAUCUACUUACUCGUAAGGGAGUUUAUCCUUAUGACUAUGUUUCAUCACUCGAAAAACUAACAGAAACACAUCUACCUCAAAAAGAAGAAUUCUAUUCAAAGCUAAAUGAUGAAGAUAUAGCAGAUGAUGAUUACCAACACGCAAUCAGCGUUUGGAAUACAUUCAAAUGUAAAUCAAUAAGAGAUUAUCACGAUCUUUACCUAAAGUCUGAUGUUUUACUUUUAGCAGAUGUAUUUGAAAACUUUAGAAAAACUUGUCUCAAACAUUACAACCUAGAUCCAGCUCAUUAUUACACAUCUCCUGGAUUAGCUUGGGAUGCAUGUCUCAAAGAGACAGGUCAGCAUUUACAGUUAUUAAAUGAUUACGAUAUGUUAAUGAUGAUUGAGCGCGGUAUUCGUGGUGGAAUAACUCACAUAUCAAAGCGUUACGCAGAAGCGAAUAACAAAUAUAUGAAAAAUUAUAAUCCUGAUAAAUCAUCAAGUUAUAUUCAAUAUCUUGAUGCAAACAAUCUUUACGGUUGGGCUAUGUCUCAACGUCUUCCAACACAUGGAUUUAGAUGGAUAAGUAAUAUAACAAAACAAGAAGUAAUUGAUAUCGUAGAUGGCGCAAAUCAUAGUAUGUCAAAUCACGGGAAGAAAGGAUAUAUAUUUGAAGUUGAUUUGGAGUAUCCAUCCAAAAUAUGGGAAUCACAUAAUGACUAUCCACUUGCACCUGAAAAUAUAAAAGUUAAUGGUGUUGAAAAACUUAUAUGUCAUUUUAAAUCCCGAAAAAACUAUGUUGUGCAUUACCGAAAUCUUAGACAAUAUCUAGAAAUGGGAAUGAAGAUUACUGCUGUUCAUCGAGGAAUAUCAUUUUAUCAGUCUUCUUGGAUGGAGCCAUAUAUAAGAAAAAAUACAGAAUUGAGAAAGUGUGCUAAAAACAGUUUUGAGAAAGACUUUUUUAAAUUAAUGAAUAACUCAGUUUUUGGAAAGACAAUAGAAAAUAUAAGAAAGAGACAGAAUAUAAUUCUUGUUGAUAAUCGUGUCAAAGCUGCUAAACUUACAAGUAAACCUAAUUUUGAAAGAGCAACAAUAUUUGAUCGUAAUCUUAUUGCUGUUCAUAUGAAGAAUACAGAAGUGUAUUUUAACAAACCAGUAUAUGUUGGUCAAGCAAUUCUAGAUUUAUCAAAAACGCUAAUGUUCAAUUUUCAUUAUAACUAUAUCAAAAAGAAAUAUAGAGACAAAGCUGAGUUAUUGUUUACAGAUACUGACUCGUUGAUGUACCAAAUUCAAACAGAUGAUUUUUAUAAAGAUAUAUACAACGAUGUGUAUUAUAGAUUUGACACAUCUGAUUAUCCAUCAAAUCAUCCUUCUGGAAUACCAACAGGACUUAACAAAAAAGUAAUAGGCAUGUUUAAAGAUGAAGUAGCAGGAAAACAAAUCACACAUUUUAUAGGUCUUCGUCCAAAGCUCUACACUUUCAAAAUAGAAGAUGGUUAUACGACCAAAAAGUGUAAAGGUGUAAAGAAGAAUGUUGUUAAAAAAGGAAUAGAUUUUGAGCAUUAUUUUGAGUGUUUAUUUACUGGUGAAAAGCAAAUGAGAACUAUGAAAAUUAUAAGAAGUGAAAAUCAUGAUAUUUACUCAAAGGAAGUGAAUAAAAUAGCUUUGAGUAGUGAAGAUGAUAAGCGGAAGGUCUUAGAGGAUAGAGUAAAAACCAAAGCUUUAAGAUAA